UUGUGUUUUUCUAUUUCACACUGCACUUGUGAAACCAUAUUCAGAACCACAAGAGUCCGAACUGUAGGUCUAUCGUAUCCGAGUAGACUAAACCCCCUUAAGGAGCAUGAAAAAACUAGCUACAGGGAUCAACAACAACUACUUGAGAUUGAAAGGGGCAUUGUUUCUUAUUAUUGCAUUGGCCUUUGCAAUCAAUGAUGGGGAUGCUCAAAAUUCAACAACUCUUAUUCCAUCAAUCUUAACAUUUGGUGACUCUGCAGUAGAUGUUGGGAACAAUGACCAUAUUCACACCAUUUUCAAAGCUAAUUUUCCACCUUAUGGCAGAGACUUCAUCAAUCAUAAACCAACUGGAAGGUUCUGCAAUGGCAAACUAGCCACUGAUAUCACCGAUAGGACAACAAAUUUUGCACAUUGCUACCCUGGCUUUGCAGUCUCUAUGGGAGUUUUAUAUAAAGAAAAGCCGGCUAUUGGUGCUGUGGUCGAGCAAUCACUUCUAGUUACUGGAUUUGGGUAUGAACAUGACGAUGCAUGGAGUACCAACAUAGAAUUAUUCAAAGAAUUUACUGAUGCCAGCCGGGGUGUGAGAAGGCUUGGUGCUGCUGCAGUGGAUAUGUGCCAUGUAGCAUUGGGAAUUGUAGAAGCAUAUUGGGAAUAUCAUCUAAAACCAUGGGAUAUGGCUGCUGGUGUUUUGCAUUCUAUUUCAUGGUCAAAUAUGGCAGCCAAGGCUGGAUGAUAUUGCUCUCAUCAUUCUUGGGGCAAACUCACGAUUACCUCACCGUCUGUGCCCUUACUUCUGCUCUAAAAGGUUAUAAGGUUCGUUGAUUUAGGGGUUGUUUGGUUUAGCUUAUGGUGCUACUUAACAGUUUUUUUUUUUUUUUUUUUUUUUUUUUUUUUAAAGUUUGCUAGAGUGUUGAUGUAGCUUUUGAGGCAAAAAUAGCUAAAGUACUUUUAACUUUUGUUUUCUGAACCGGUUGACACACUAAAAUGGUUUAACAACAUCAAAUGUCAACGAAAUUUGGCACACAUGACUAACUUGGAACAAAUGACAUGUAGGAAAAGACGGGGCUCAAAACCAAUCCCAGUUUUGAAUCUAGAGCCUAAUUUCUAUUUGUGAAAACUUGUCCUUUUGAAACUUUUUUCCCGAACCGAUUGACAUACUAAAUUGGUCAAACGGUGUCGAAUGUCAAUAAAACUUAACACAGACUACUAACUAUGCACAAAUGACUUGUAGGAAAUGACGAGAUUCAAAAUCGAUUCCCGAUUUUGAAUCUAGAGCGUAAUUUCCAUUUGUGAAAACUUUCCUUUAGAAAUUAUUUUUCGAAGAACAAUUGGAGAAACUCUUGGCAAAUACAUUGUGUGGCGUUUGAUAUAUGUAUAUGUUACAAUCUUAAUUAUUUAUUUAUUUUAUGAAAUAUAUAUCAAAUGUUUUAUACAUUUUGCAAGCUUGAAACUAAUUAUAUUAUAAAUUUUUUUUUCUUUUUGCUAAUGCUACCCUUUUGAGUAUGUGAUGAUAUCUUCGCAUAUUGAUAUUGUAGCUUACUGUUGAUAUUAAAACAAGCUUUUAAUAUAUAUAUUUUUGUAUUUGUAUUGUCGAUACUUUGGUUUUGUUUUAGAUACAAAUUUGAGUUUUUGAAUUAUCAAAAAAUAUUAGUACUGUUGGAGGAUGUGUUAUAUAUUUUUGUAAAUAAUGUUUGGUUAACACUGUAUCAUUACAGGGUACAUAUAUAUAAUUAUUCGUAUAUAUGAUUUUGUGAAUGUGAAUGUGGAUGUGUAUUAAUAAUUUGUACAGGAAAUGAAUUAAUAAAAUAUAUAUUUAUUUUAUGGAAAAAAAAAAUUGCGAUGGUAAUAAACCGUCACUAAUGGAAUCAUCAUUUCCUUGCAUUUUAUUAACGACGGGUUAACCUGUUGCAUAUGCAUAUUAUAGCGACGGUUUAAACUAUCACGAAUACAAUAUUGAUUUAAUUCUAUUUUCUUGCGACUCUUAAAACCAUCGCUAAUAAUACUUUUCGCGACGUCAACUACCGUCUCUAAAAGAAAUGUUUUUCCCUUUUUUGUGUCAGGUUAAACCUGUUGGAAAAAAUGAUUUUUUGGUGACUUUAAUUAAAUAUUAAAGUGGGUCCCAACCAUCUAUUGUGUUGGGUCCAGGUGGGUCUAGAUACUUUGCAAUGAGAUCUUUACACCACAAAUAGUAUAGCAAAAACCAUUGAAAAUUGCAUGAGAAAUUGCCCCAUGAAGUUAGCUUCAUGAAAGAGUUAAUGGGGUUUGUAACUCCUGCAUUUAUUGCAGAGUUUAAUAGUGCAUUAAUGGGGUUUGUAACUCCUGCCUUUAUUGCAGAG